AUGGCCGGAACGAACCAAACCAUGGUGACAGAGUUCGUCUUUUUGGGAUUUACAGAUCAGCUGGACCUGCAGAUUCUGCUUUUUGUGAUAUUUCUAGUAAUUUAUCUCAUCGCCCUGAUAGGGAACCUUGGGAUGAUGGGGCUAAUCAGGAUCAGCUCUCGACUCCACACUCCCAUGUACUUUUUCCUCAGUCAACUCUCUUUUGUUGAUAUGUGUUAUGCCUCCUCUAUCGUGUCCAAGAUACUGGCAAAUAUUUUCAUGAAGGAAAAAGUCAUUUUCUUUACUGGUUGCUUCACCCAGAUGUAUUUCUCCAGUGCUUUGGUGACUAAGGAAUGUUUUCUGUUGGCGGCCAUGGCCUUUGGUCGUUUUGUAGCCAUCUGCAAUCCAUUGCUCUACACAGUCAUCAUGUCUAAUAGAGUCUGCAGUGAGCUGGCAGUUACAGUGCAUAUUUAUGGUUUCCUCAGUUCACUGAUACAGACCACUAUGACUUUACAAGCCUCAUUUUGCGACUCCAAUGCCAUUAAUCUCGUCUACUGGGCUGACCCACCUCUGCUAUCUCUUUCCUGCUCUGACAUUCAAAUUGAAGAGAAACACAUCUUCAUUAUUUCCACAUUGAAUCUUGUCAGCUCUCUGUUGGUGUUCUUUCUCUCAUACUGUUGCAUCUUUGCUGUGGUCCUGAAAUUCCCCUCAGGAGAGGAAAGGUGCAAGGCUUUUUCUACCUGUGUAACCCACCUGGCCAUCAUUGCUUAG